GUGUGAGUCAACCGCGCGAUUUGCAAAUUGAGCCACCCUACUCCUCACUUUGCCCUGCCCAACGCCUCCUCUCUCACUCUUCUUCUUCUCCUUCUCCUGCUCCUGCUCCUCUUGCAUUCCCCCUUUCUACCACUAUUCUUUCUAGAGAGAGAAACAGGCUGUCCUCGAUCAAAGGGGGAGACCUUAGAUCACAUCCCACAACACAAUCGGAUCCGAAUCAUGUUCAGAAGGCUUGCUGUCCGGCUCCGCACUCUCGCCCCGCCCCGAUCCGCUUCCAAGACCGCCCAAUUCUCCGUCGGAUCUUCCAAACCUUCGGAGAAUGUUGUCCGUUCGCUCCCCGUUUUUUCUCGCCACUUCUCUUCUGAAUCCGGGAAUGUGCCUAAAAAGGUGGAGGAUAUAGUGCCGAUUGCUACUGGUCAUGAGCGCGAAGAGCUUGAGGCCGAGCUUGAAGGAAGGGACAUUCUGGAAAUUAACCAUCCGUCUGGUCCAUUUGGAACAAAGGAAGAACCUGCUGUGAUCCAGUCUUAUUACGACAAAAGAAUUGUGGGAUGUCCAGGCGGUGAAGGCGAGGAUGAGCAUGAUGUUGUUUGGUUUUGGCUGGAGAAGGGUAAGCCACAUGAAUGCCCAGUGUGCUCACAGUACUUUGUGGUAAGUCCAUGGUACACUAAAUUUACUAGCAUAGAUAUAUUACAAUUUAUGUGCUUUGAGAAUCAUAUUCGUCCUUAGUCGUUGCAUGUGAAAUCACCAAUUGAUUAAUAGGUUCCAGUCCGUGUGAUUCGUUGUUAUUAGCUUACUGUUUUCUUUUUAAGAUUUUAAAUGUACUCGUGUACACAUUAAGAGAACCUGAAGGAAGGGAUAACUUUUGCAUGUUUAUUUUCAUUCGCACUUCUCAUUUCAAUUUUCCCAUAUAAAACCAAACAUUAUUACACAUUAAUUAAAAUAAUUUUGCUGGAAAGUGGAAACAGUAAUUACUCUUCUAGUCAUUCUCAAAUAAAACCAAAUUUACAUAUUAUUCCUUUCUUGAGAUAACCUUUUGUCUAACAACACUUCUGUGGAAACACCGGGAAUGAAACUACACCUUCCAUAUGUUUUUUCAAGAAGCGGUAUAUUUACGGAAAGCUGAAAUGUGCAGAAAUGGUAGAUGCAUUGAUUGUUUGCUGAAAUUACCUAAGGUUCAAAUUCAGUUGGAACUGCAUACUUGUCAAUUCAUCUUAAAGGCUCUCUGAAAUGAUACUUGAGUGGAUUAGUUGUUUUAAAAUUUAGAAGUGAUAUCUGUAAUGGGGAGUUUAAAUGCCCUUUUGUGCACGAGUUAUUUGAUUUUUCUUAAUGCUUCUCUACAGUUUUGGUAUAUUUCUUUUUGUCUAAUUAGUGUAACUAUGAUUUCAUAGAAACAAUUUGUUUUACCAUUGUUAAGUAAGUUAGUAAAAACUAAGUGCAAUUUCUUUGUGUGCUUGUAAGCUGUCAAUUUUCUCUUGUUCUUUUCAGUCCUGAUUAGUCCUCACCGCUGAGCCCUUUGAGUUUUCACUUGCUUAAGUGCCUGACCAAAUUUGCGGGAACCAAGAAAGAGUUUCUUACCCUGCCUUUCUUUCUGUAAUAUUAUUUGAUUGUAAAUAGCUUGUCUCAUUAUACCAUGUGAAUUCAAUAAGGCAACCUUUUGUUAAUAUCAUUCUUUUAGGAGUGCUUUUGCUAAUUAUUUGCCUAGACUUUUAGGAGCCUAUUGAAAUGGAAAUGAGAUAUUGAUAGGUUAAAAAAUAAGCCAUUUUAUCCUAAUUGUUGUAUUUUGGGCGAUUCAAUAUUUUUUCAAAAGCAUAGGGAAAAACUUGCUUCUUCCAGCUAUAAAAACCCCACCCUGAAGAUGUAGCAUUCAAUUAGCUUAUCUUAUUUAGAAAGGACCCUGAGAAUGUAUGUUUUCUAUAGUCAAACUAUUAUUAGGACAACAUUUGUUUUGUAUGCUUUUGGAAUUCCACACGGUUCUUGCCUUCAAAAUGUUCAUGGCCCUUUUUUUGGUUGACAGUUGGAAGUGGUGGGCCCCGGUGGACCUCCUGAUGGACACGGGGAUGACGAAGAUGAUGGUCUGAUCCACUGAAACUCAAUACAGUUGGAGAUUUUGCUGCUAGAAGAAAGACUUAUUCGGGUGAGAGAACGAUGGAUCUUGUAAUAUUCUUCAGGAUCAAAGAGAUUAUUAAUUUUGCUUGGUUUUUCUAAAGUAUAUGUUAGUCUUGCUGUUGCUUUGGCAACAAUUGAAGCUGUUUCUAUUGGUUUCGGGGCUCUAAAGCAUGAUGGCCCAAAUACGCUUACUCUUUCUCAAGGAGCUCAAAAUAAUUGAUGGCACCAUAUUGUCUUCAAACGUGAAGAUCUGCAUCGUCUCUGUCUGUUUGAGCAACCAUUACUCUGUUUGUGCAUUUUCUAUUUGUUUUUUGAAGUAUCCAACUUUUGUAUUAUUUUUCAACCGAAUAAUAUUGCUAAUUGCGACGACUAAAUAGCAUUCAUUUUAUUGCUUGA